AUGCUGGAGUAUAUGGGGGCGUGGGAAUGGGAGUUCACCAAGAUGGAUACGAAAAAGUUGGACCACCUGAUUCGAGACGCCAAAAGCAACUCGUGUUAUAUGAAAUUACUUUAUAUUCUAAGCUCGCAAUUAGAAUGCCUACUCUGGAAUGGUUCCCCAGAUCUUGACAAAUUUUACACCGAGCUACAGGAAGAGGAACUACUUGCAGAAAACGAGCUCGAAGAGCUGCAAGGCACCUUUUCUAUGCAGCAUGUAAGUGCGGCUUAUCAGUUCGUGAGCUUGCACUAACCUACUUCAUCUAGGGAAACUUACUGCAUGGCAAAAUAACCAUGGAAAUUGAUGACUUGAUUCAGAGGGUUCGAAGCAACAUUCUGGCCGGGUCCAAGCCUGGCUACGAAGGUUUUACUGUGAGUGGAAGUGUGGAGUUGUCAUGCGAUGUGUUCCAGCGGUUUCAUCCAGGUAAGUGGCUAGAUGCCUGGGCUAUCUUGGCAGCUAUGCACAUAUCGGAUAAGCCAGCAAAUGUCACAU